AUGUCUGAAGUUCACGGUUUACGUAAUGAAUUCACGGCAACGCUGUUAAAUUCGGGCAACGUUCUUGCUGCUGGUGGUCUCGCAGAAGGCACUUAUCUUGCUAGUUGUGAAAUAUAUGAUCCAUCAACAGGCCAAUGGAACUCUACUGCAAGCAUGGCAGCAGCACGUGUCUAUCACACUGCAACCCUGUUAAGUUCGGGCAAAGUUCUUGCUGCUGGUGGUGUCAUAACAGGCACUUAUCUUGCUAGUUGUGAAAUAUAUGAUCCAUCAACAGGCCACUGGAACGCUACUGCAAGCAUGGCAGUGGCACGUUAUAUUCACACUGCAACCUUGUUAAGUUCGGGCAAAGUUCUUGCUGCUGGUGGUCUCGCAGCAGGCACUGCUAUUGCUAGUUGUGAAAUAUAUGAUCCAUCGACAGGCCACUGGAACGCUACUGCAAGCAUGGCAGCGGCACGUUAUGGUCACACUGCAACCUUGUUAAGUUCGGGUAAAGUUCUUGUCACUGGUGGUAGACCAUCUUCCGGUUACCUUGCUACUUGUGAAAUAUAUGAUCCAUCAACAGGCCAAUGGAACUCUACUGCAAACAUGGAAGUGGCACGUUAUGAUCACACUGCAACCCUGUUAAAUUCGAACAAAGUUCUUGUCACUGGUGGUAGCAACAGCACAACUACUCUUAGUAGUUGUGAGAUAUACGA